CUCCACAGAUUUUUGCUUGUAAUAGCAGUUGCACAUAACCUCAGCCUUUAGUGCUUGUCAGUGUUAAGACUUUUAGAAGGUUUUGAUAUUUGGCUGUUUAAGAACAAAGUAUCAACAUGCCGGACCACUUAGGAGAUGAUAUGCGAAAAGUGAAACCCGAAAAAGAGAAGGAAGAAAAGGAAAUAAAAUCUCUCGAUGAAGGAGAUAUUGCCCUUCUAAAAACCUAUGGCCAGGGCCAGUACACAAAGAGCAUAAAGGUUGUUGAAGAAGACAUCCAGACAAUUAUUAAACGUGUCAAUGAAUUGACCGGAAUCAAAGAGUCUGAUACGGGUCUUGCGCCACCUGCACUAUGGGAUUUAGCGGCAGAUAAACAAACUUUGCAGAAUGAGCAGCCCCUUCAAGUAGCACGGUGUACUAAAAUCAUAAAUGCAGAUUCCGAUGACCCAAAGUACAUAAUAAAUGUCAAGCAGUUUGCUAAGUUCGUCGUAGACCUGGCUGACUCUGUGGCUCCCACUGAUAUAGAAGAGGGAAUGAGAGUCGGGGUCGAUCGUAACAAAUAUCAAAUCCACAUACCAUUACCACCAAAAAUUGAUCCAACUGUGACUAUGAUGCAAGUUGAAGAAAAACCUGAUGUCACAUAUAGCGAUGUUGGAGGAUGCAAAGAGCAGAUUGAAAAACUCAGAGAAGUCGUAGAAACUCCCCUUUUACAUCCGGAAAAAUUUGUCAACCUAGGAAUCGAGCCCCCAAAAGGUGUCCUUUUAUUCGGGCCACCUGGUACAGGAAAAACUCUCUGUGCUCGAGCUGUAGCCAACAGAACAGAUGCAUGCUUCAUCCGUGUUAUCGGCUCUGAAUUAGUCCAAAAAUACGUAGGAGAGGGUGCCAGGAUGGUCAGAGAGCUAUUUGAAAUGGCUCGAAGUAAGAAGGCAUGCCUUAUUUUCUUUGACGAGAUUGACGCCAUUGGUGGUGCACGGUUUGACGAUGGGGCUGGUGGUGAUAACGAAGUACAGCGUACUAUGUUGGAGUUGAUCAAUCAGCUUGACGGCUUUGACCCACGAGGUAACAUCAAAGUUUUGAUGGCAACUAACAGGCCUGAUACCUUGGACCCAGCUCUGAUGCGUCCCGGACGUCUGGAUCGUAAAGUGGAAUUCGGUUUACCGGAUUUGGAGGGCCGAACCCAUAUAUUUAAAAUUCACGCGCGAUCCAUGAGCGUGGAACGGAAUAUUCGAUUUGAAUUACUAGCUCGCUUGUGCCCGAAUAGUACAGGAGCGGAAAUUCGUUCAGUUUGUACAGAGGCAGGCAUGUUCGCCAUUAGAGCUCGUCGUAAAGUCGCAACUGAAAAGGACUUCCUCGAAGCUAUCCAUAAAGUAAUUAAGUCUUACGCUAAAUUCUCAGCUACCCCAAGGUACAUGACUUACAACUAAAGUCGAUUAGACUAAAAAAUGUUUCUACGAUAUCAACAUUUAUAAAUAAUUUUCAUUCUCUGUCGUUUGAUAUUAUGAAUAACUUCUUUUUAAGUUCACAAUUUCAUCUGAUACGAGUUUGUAUUGUGACAGCUUGUCAAAUAUAGAAUUGUAUUGAAAUAA